CCCCCCCUCUAUCUUUACCUACCUACCCAUCAGAUGGAUGCCACUAAAGAACACAAUUUGAAGACCAACAAAACUUUGUAUGAAGCUAUGAUGGAUCAAAAUGAUGACGAGGUGAUCCGUAUAUGUCGAGGAAUUGCAAAGGGUGCUUUGCACACACUUACCAUACACGGGGACACCGUCCUCCAUGUGGCUAUUUACCAAAAGCAAACAAAGCUAGCCCUCAGGCUCCUAGAUAUGGUGCCUCCAAGUGAUAAUUACAAACUCACAUGGACAAACCAUGGGGGUAAUACCGUCCUCCAUGAGACCGGGACCAACAACAAGACAGUCCCCGUCGCAGAAGAGAUCCUACGCCGGGCACCCAUGUUGCUUGACAUGACCAACAGAGAGGGAGAGACCGCUUUAUUCUACGCGGCACGCCAUGGCAAGACUAAACCUUAUAUGUUCCUGCAUGAUGAAUUCUGUAAAGGAAUUGAUGGACAAGACUUGACAGACCUGCUUCGAAGGGAUGACAGAUUUACUAUGCUCCACCUAGCAGUUCUAAGCAGAAACUAUCGGGUUGCGUACGAUAUAGCGGUCAACCAUAACGACUUAAUCCCGGAAAAGGACGCAGAGGGCAUGACUGCUCUUCAACUUUUAUCAAUUAUCCAACCCGAGAUCAAACCCAAAAGUUCAUUCAAGCGCUUUAUGUUCAAACUGGUUCAAUCAGAUCCUAAUCCUCCACGAUACAUUAUCCAUGAUAUCAAGAGAUUGAAGAAAGAAAAAUAUGCGAGUGAAUGGGCAUUGAAACUUGCUGUCUUGUUGAUCGAAAAAGAUAACUCAUGGAAAAUGACUGAAUCAUGGACUGAAAAUCGCGGUUCUAGGUUCCGCGAUUAUAAAGCCGAACAAAAGACCAUAACAACCCUCGAAGGCAGUCACGAUCUAAAUGCGGACACGCCAUUGCUGUUAGCAACCAGAUUUGAUUCGACUGAUAUCGUUAAAGAAAUACUCAGAAUGUAUCCUCAGGCCGUCGAACAUGUCGACAAAGAAGGGCACAGCGUUUUACAUUUGGCAAUAUUGCAUAGGCGUAUUGAGAUCAUUGAUAUUGUGGAAAAUAUGAAGUUCCCAUUGGAGAGAUUAAGAGGAAAGCUUGACAAAAAUUAUAACACUUUGUUGCACAUGGUUGGUUACAAAGAAGAUCACCUAAAGGAGGAUAUAAGACAUCCUGCUAAAGAACUCAAAGAUGAUCAACUUCUUUAUAAGAGGGUGGAGAAGCUAACUACAACCUUAGACAAGAGUACCCGAAACGCUGAGCAAAAGACCCCUCUCCAGGUGUUUUACGAAGCCAAUGAACAACUUCGCACCGAAGCAAAGGAUUGGAUGGUUGAAAAUGCGACAAACUGCUCCAUUGUGGCUGUGUUAAUCGCAACGGUUGCGUUUACUUCUGCAUAUCAGGUGCCAGGAGGUCCAGAUGACUUUGGUCAUCCAAAACUUAAGGACAAAUCCAUGUUUGUCCUCUUUACCUUAGCUGAUGCGAUUUCACUCUCAACUGCACUGACAUCAGUUAUCGUAUUUCUCAAUAUUGCCACGUCACCAUUUCAUUUUAAGGAUUUUGAGUCACAUCUUUUUGAAAAACAACUUUUAGGCCUUAUCCUCUUGAUCACCUCUGUGGCAAUGAUGAUGGUAGCAUUUGCCGCCACACUUGUUUUAACAAUCAGCAAUAAAGGAAAGUGGUCCGACUUGACGUUGUAUGUCGUUUCAUUCUUCCCGGUGCUUGUUUUCAUGUACUCUUACCUAUCAUAUUACAUGGAUAUGAUUGUUAAUUCGUUCCGGGAACUCAAGAAGAUGAUCGGACAAACAGUUAUCUGGUUUCGGAAGAUUUGGGAGUACAAACCUCAAUCUACCCAUCCAAUUGAUGGUCUUGGCUAUUCAAGGUCACGUUCCCCUGUUUAAGCUCUUAAUUUCUUUUAUCAACCUUUUGGUAUUAUAAUUUGUUGUUUUCUGUUGUUGGAGUUAAUAAUUUGCCGAUGCUUUAGUGCUUAAAGGCAAACCGUCAUAUUUGAGCGUUAUAAUUUACCUCAUGUGAAGUCGUGAUGAUAUGUUUAAUUGUGUUUGAUACCAAGUAUGAACAACCCAUGUUUGUAAUGUGGUGUAGAUGCUUGUAAUUUUUUCUUUUUUACAAUAAAUCAAACAUAUUUUAUGCUUAGCUAUUCGGUUUUACCUGUCUUUGUUGUUGGGAUUUUUUUUUCUUUUUUUUUUUUUUUU